AUGGCAUUUUCGAUCACUGCCUCGGCGAUAGCAUUUGUCGCUGGUUACAUCUUCUACAGGGUGUUAAUUUACCCUGUAUUUCUUUCCCCGCUGUCGAAGAUCCCCAACGUCCACUGGAGUGCUUCCUUCUCGCCGGUAUGGAUGUUAUGGAGGCGAUUCACAAGCCGAAACAACCGGACGAUUCAGGGCGCCCACGAGAAACUCGGUCCUAUCAUUAGGCUAGGUCCAUCAGAGAUCUCGAUCAACUGUGUUGAGGGAGGGAUCAAGUCGGUCUAUGCUGGCGGGUUUGAGAAGCAUGACUGGUAUCCACGAGUGUUCGCGUCAUUUGGAACAGUGAGCAUGUUCACCAUGACAGGAAGCAAGGCACAUUCAACUCGAAAAAAGAUGUUGUCUAACAUCUAUUCCAAAUCAACUCUGCAAGCAUCCCCUCAUAUGCGGAUAGUUUCAAAUGCAGUCAUCUUCGAUCGACUGCUGCCGAUUCUUCAAGAAGCGGCAAUUUCCGGCAAAUCUGUCGAUGUGCAUGAUCUAAACCAGGGACUGACAUUGGACUUCGUCUCAUCCUAUCUAUUCGGUUUGAAGAAUGGCACUAAUUACCUGCAAGAUGAUUCUGUGCGUAAGCCCUGGCUUCAUCUUUACAUGUGCCGAAAGCCAUUCGAGUUUUAUGCCCAGGAGGUCCCAUAUUUGGAUGGAUGGCUAAGGCAGAUUGGUCUUCGCGUGAUACCCAAAUACUGCGACGAAGCCAAUGCAAUGCUCGAUUCUUGGGCUCUGGACCUAUGCGAUAGGGCGGAGCAGGUAAUUUCAGCGACAGAGCCAGGCAUCGAACCAACUGUCUAUAAGCAGUUGAAACAAUCCUUGGACAAGCAUUCUACGAAGAAUGGAGAAGCAGAGCCAGACAAGGCCCAGCAGCGACUCGAUAUAGCUUGCGAGAUGUACGACCAACUGACUGCCGGCUUUGAAACCAGUGCUGUUGGUCUCACAUAUCUAUUCUGGCAACUCUCCCGACACCCAGAAGUGCAGAACAAGCUCCGAGAGGAGCUACUCACUCUAAACCCCCCUAUUUCGUACCCAAGGACGGCCGAGCUGCCGACAGCGAAGUCAAUCGAUAGCCUUCCCCUGCUGGAGGCGAUUGUGACAGAAACCUUGAGACUUCAUGCUCCGAUCCCUGGUAUUCAGCCUCGGGUAACGCCGUCUCCAUCUUGCACGCUGGCCGGUUAUGCAGAUAUCCCACCUAACACCCGAGUGAAUGCGCAAGCAUAUUCACUACACCGCAACCCAGAGGUAUUCCCAGAUCCAGAAACCUGGCAGCCGAAGCGUUGGCUGGAGGCUGAAAAUUCGCCGGCUAAUCUGGAAGAGCGACGUCGGUGGUUCUGGGCAUUUGGAAGUGGAGGACGUAUGUGUGUGGGAAGCAAUCUUGCACUGCAAGAAAUGAAAUUGGCCGUGGCUGCGAUAUACACCAACUUUUGCACCACCAUUGUCAACGAUGACAAUAUUGAAGCCAUCGAUGCUUACACUGUGAAACCGACAGGCGAUAAACUGAUCCUCAAGUUUGAGUCUGUUUGA